AUGGCUGAUGACGAAUUGGAGACCUAUAGAUUGUGGAGAAUCCGUAAAACAGUACUCCAGAUGGUUCACGAUCGUGGUUACCUUGUGGCUCAAGAAGAAUUGGAUCAACCAUUAGAAACAUUCAAAGAGCAAUAUGGUGAUCGUCCAUCUGAGAAGAAACCCGCUCGUUCCGAUUUAACCAUUUUGGUGGCUCACAAUGACGAUCCGGCCGAUCAAAUGUUCGUUUUCUUCCCUGAAGAUACGAAAAUCGGAAUCAAAACAAUCAAAGCAAUCUGUCAGCAAAUGCAAGAACAAAAUAUCUCUCGAGCCGUCAUAGUUGUUCAAAUUGGAAUGACUCCAAGUGCCAAACAAUCGAUCGGUGACAUGGCACCAAAAUACAUGUUGGAACAUUUUUUGGAGGCUGAGUUGAUGGUCAACAUCACUGAACAUGAAUUGGUUCCGGAGCAUGUCGUUAUGACAGCUGAUGAGAAGGCUGAGCUCCUCGCUAGAUACAAGCUGAAGGAUUCACAAUUGCCACGUAUCCAACAAUGCGAUCCAGUCGCUCGCUAUUUCGGGCUUCGUCGUGGCCAAGUCGUCAAAAUCAUCCGUCCAUCAGAAACUGCCGGAAGAUACAUCACCUACCGUCUUGUGGUCUAA